AUGCCCGUUGGAACCCACACAUAUUUUAGAUGCUGGAUUAAGGAGAAUAUGCAGUCUACCGAAAAGUUCUGGGACCUACCUUGGGGGUCUCUUUUUCCAUAUAUGUGUCAUGAAAUUUGGAAGGAUAGGAAUACAUGUGUUUUCAAAAAUCAAAACCCGUCGCCUUUUCGAGUAAUCUGCUUUAGGGCCAGAGAAAAGGUGAAAGAGUUUCUAGCUGCCACAGGUUCGGUUUCUUUAAAUAAUGAUCCACUCCCUUUUGCCCACUCUAAAGAUUUCUUGAUGAUCCAUGUUGAUGUUUCUUUUGUUGGGAAUAUGGAGGUGGCUGGGAUUGGGGGGGUGAUUCGUAAGGAUGGUGGUCACUGGGUUUGGGGGUUUGGGAAGAAGACAUUUGCUAAAAAUGCCCUUGAAGCGGAACUUCUAGCAAUUCUUGAGGCUCUUGUUCUGAUUGAAAAACACAAGCUCCCGAAGGCCAUUGUAUAUUCUGACUGUAUGGAUGCGACUAACCUACUCACAGGGGGUCAACCUGACCUCUAUUCAAAUCUGAUUAAUAUGUGCAGGCAGUGGAUGACUAAGCGACCGGAUAUCCAGCUUAAGCAUUGUAGCAGGAAGUACAACAAGGUGGCGGAUCUCCUGGCCAAAGAUUGUAGGAACAUGGAUGGGAAUAGUAUUGUAACUAGGAUUUUCCCUCUCCCCCCUAGUUACUGUUUGGAACAAUUACUCUCGGAUUGUAAUAUGUUUGACUUUAUCUAA